AUGAAGCUUGGGAUCGUAAUCUUUACUCUACUCGCUAGUACCAGUGCGUGGUACUACGGUAGGCCGGAUCCCGGCUCAUCAACUCAUAUAUUUCAUUUUAGAGGAGGAGUAUGGCCUCUCCCCUGGACAAUCUCCUACGACACUUAUAACCACACAAUCAACCCAGGGCAAUUCCAUUUUGUGUCUAAGGUUGGUGCCUGCGAUGUGAUCGACAAGGCAACAGACAGAUACCAGAAGCUUACGUUUCCUCUGUUUGAUCCGGCCACAUACAGCGAUACAGCCGCAACGCUGACAACACUCUCAAUUGCAGUGGCAGAAGGAUGCACUUCGGCCUUCCCACAAAUGGAGAUGGAUGAAAGCUGUGAGCUAUUCACUUUCAUCAUCUAA